CGGCGUCUGCGGCAACAGUGGUCAGUGCUGUCGUCCGCUGCCCUGGUUCUGCUUUUGCUGCCUAGUUUUAGUGAUCGGAGCUUUGCCAAAGCAUCGACAAUUCACCGACAUACGGCCGAUGAUAACGAUACGUCGGCAGUGGUACAGCAGGCGAAGGAUCAACAGCCACCGAACGGGAAGCAUUCCAGCUCGAACGAGAACUUUCCCCAGCCAUCGAACGGGGGUGCCCUGGCGCCGGCCUCCCUACAGGCAGCAUCGCCCCAAACGAUGACACUGACGGCGGAUAAAAAUAAAACCAAACUACUUAAAUGUCACUGCGACAUUUGCAAGGACGAAAACUUCGUGUGCGAAACGGACGGCCUUUGCUUUACCUCGCUCACGCGCGAAUCGGACGGUACACUCAAGUACUCCUACAGCUGUAAGACGAAAAAGUACGACCUGGCCGAUCGGUUGCCCCUGAGUUGUCUAACCUCAAAGGAAAAGAGUACCUCCUUCAUGAUCGAGUGUUGUGCCACUGACUUCUGCAAUAAUAACAAACUCCUAACACUGCCCGAACCAGCCCAAGAAGUUGAAAAGUGGCCAGCCGCGUUACUGGUCGUGCUGCUGUUGACUGCACUCGCGGUAACGUUAAUCGCUGUCUUCUCCGUGCUAUUCUACGGCCGUCGAAAGCGGAACAGUGGCGCACGGCAAAUACUGCCGGAAGAUUCGGUGUGCGGUGCAAGCUAUCCGAUCCUGAACGGACACACCACCAUACAGGAUUUCAUUGAGUUGACCACAUCCGGAUCUGGUUCUGCUGGAUUGCCACUGUUAGUGCAACGCUCCAUCGCUCGACAAAUACAGCUGGUUGAAGUGAUUGGCAAGGGACGCUUCGGUGAAGUGUGGCGCGGUAGAUGGCGUGGAGAGAAUGUGGCCGUGAAGAUUUUCUCCAGCCGUGAGGAAUGUUCCUGGUUCCGGGAGGCGGAAAUCUAUCAGACGAUUAUGCUGCGCCACGAAAACAUUCUUGGUUUUAUCGCUGCUGACAACAAAGAUAAUGGCACCUGGACACAGCUCUGGCUGGUAACGGACUACCACGAGAAUGGGUCCCUGUUCGACUUCCUAACUGCACGCUGCGUCGAUCCCGACACAAUGCUCGAAAUGGCAUACUCGAUAGCGACCGGACUGGCCCACCUGCACAUGGACAUUGUCGGUACGCGCGGAAAACCCGCGAUCGCUCACCGUGAUCUGAAAUCAAAGAACAUUCUGGUCAAAUCGAACCUUACCUGCUGCAUCGGUGAUCUUGGGCUGGCGGUACGUCACAUCGUCACGACCGACACGGUCGACAUACCGUCGACGCACCGCGUCGGCACCAAGCGCUACAUGGCACCGGAAGUGCUAGACGAAACGAUCAACGUGUAUCAGUUCGACUCGUUCAAGCGGGCGGACGUGUACGCGCUGGGGCUCGUACUGUGGGAGAUCGCACGACGGUGUAACGUCGACGGCAUCUACGACGAGUAUCAACUGCCUUUCUACGAUGUGGUGCAACCGGAUCCCACCAUCGAAGAGAUGCGAAAGGUAGUCUGUGUGGAUCAGCAGCGUCCGUGCAUACCGAGCCGAUGGGUUGCCUGCGACACUCUGCACGCAAUCUCGAAGGUGAUGAAGGAAUGCUGGUACCAGCAUCCGGCAGCCCGUCUGUCAGCACUCAGGAUCAAGAAAACGUUGGCGAAUCUACGUUAA